CUGAGCUGCUUCAGAAGUCCUGUGUCGUAAGCGGAAGCAGACUGUUCUGUCAAGCGCGCCUGGCGGGAAUCUGUUUCAUGAUAGCCUGCAUGUAAACAUUUCCUACUGUACGGAUCUGUAUAAUUUAAUUCUCCUUAAAAACUCGAAUUCGUCAAACUAUUAGAAGAGAACAUGCAGGCAUUUCUGAAAGGGACAGCCACUCAGAGCGUUAAGCCGCUGAAGGAUAAAGGCGCCGGGACGAGCGGGGAGAAGAAGCCGAAGGCGGUGCCCUGGGUGGAGAAAUACCGACCAAAAUGCGUAGACGACGUUGCUUUCCAAGAAGAGGUGGUUGCAGUUCUCAAGAAGUCGCUAGAGGGCGCCGAUCUCCCCAACCUGCUGUUCUACGGACCUCCAGGGACGGGCAAGACCUCCACCAUCCUGGCUGCUGCACGGGAGCUCUACGGACCUGAGCUCUAUCGACAGAGAGUGCUGGAGCUGAACGCCUCCGAUGAGCGUGGGAUCCAGGUGGUGAGGGAGAAGGUGAAGAGGUUCGCCCAGCUCACCGUGGCUGGAAGACGCACAGACGGGAAGCCCUGCCCCCCGUUUAAGAUCAUCAUCCUGGACGAGGCGGACUCCAUGACGGGGGCCGCCCAGGCGGCACUGCGGCGCACCAUGGAGAAGGAGUCGCGCACCACCCGCUUCUGCCUCAUCUGCAACUACGUCAGCCGGAUCAUCGAGCCGCUGACGUCACGCUGCUCCAAGUUCCGCUUCAAGCCGCUGGACGACCGGAUCCAGGAGGAGCGUCUGCUGGAGAUCUGUGAGAAGGAGAAGCUGCAGUACACCAAGGAGGCCAUCGCUGCGUUGGUGAAGGUGUCGGAGGGGGAUCUGCGGAAGGCCAUCACAUUCCUGCAGAGUGCCGCUCGGCUCAACGCCGAGAAGGAGAUCACAGAGAGCCUGGUCAUCGAGAUCGCAGGAGUUGUACCCACAAAGAUGAUUGACAACCUGCUAAAGAUUUGUUACAACAGCACCUUCGACAAACUCGAAAUUGCUGUCAAGGACAUGAUCGACGAGGGCUACGCCGCCACGCAGAUCGUCGGCCAGCUGCACGACGCCGUCGUCGAGGAGAGCCUCAACGACCGCCAGAAAUCGGCCAUCGUGGAGAAGAUGGCGGAGGUGGAUAAGUGUUUGGCGGAUGGCGCGGAUGAGUACCUCCAGAUGAUGAGCCUGUGUUCUGUGAUCAUGCAGCAGGCUGCCCAGAGCACCUGAGCACAGCCCUACAGCACACCUGAGAACCACACACCUGUACAUCAUGCUGCUUCCCCAUCCCGUAGGUCCAAGGGGUCAGAAAGUAAAAGUGUCGCCCACCCAUGAACUCAGCCAGCUGAUUUCACUCACUAGUUCUACUUCCUGGCUGAAGAAUUGUGAUAAUGAGCAAAUCCAGGUGGUUGGAUCGAAAUACUGGGGGGCGGACUUUAACAUUCUGACUUUUACAUCCUGGAUUUUACACCUCUGCUUUGUUUGUUUCUUGUAAACUGAUUUUGUACUUUAUUAAAAUACUGCCCAUGUUAAA